AUGGUGUUACGCAGACUCUUGAGGAAGCGCUGGGUCUUGGGGGUUGUUUUUGGUCUGUCCCUGAUCUACUUUCUCACAAGUACAUUAAAGCGGGAGGAGCGAAGCAUCGGAGACCGGAGCCUCUUGGAACUGAGGGACCCCGACCAUCACAUUCCAUGGAAGGUCCGAUUCAACUUGGGCAACAGCAGCAGACAGAUCACACAAUGCAGGAAUUCAAUACAGGGCAAAAUUCUUCUGACAGAUGAGAUAGGUUAUGUAUGUGAGCGUAAAGACAUGUUGGUGAAUGGCUGCUGCAAUGUAAAUGCACCAAGCUCCCGCCAGUACAUCUGUAAAAGCUGCCUUGCAAACGGAUGUUGCAGCAUCUACGAGUACUGUGUAUCAUGUUGCCUUCAACCUGACAAGCAACCUCUUUUAGAACGUUUCCUGAAUCGGGCAGCUGAAGGAUUUCAGAACCUCUUCACCGCAGUAGAAGACCAUUUUGAACUCUGCCUGGCCAAGUGCAGGACGUCCUCACAGAGCGUUCAACAUGAGAAUACCUACAGGAAUCCACAGGCCAAAUACUGCUAUGGGGAAAGUCCACCAGAACUCCUGCCCAUAUGACACCAAGUCGGUCCGUCUUACAAGAAACACAAAAUCCAGUGAAAUAAUGAAGGAGAAUGAAUGAAUGUCACACAACAGUCUGGACUUUUGACAGUAUGAUGUACAUGCCUCGUGUGUGUCUGUCCUUUUGAGCCUGGAUCCAACAUUUACUCAAAAAUCCGAUCACUCAUCCCGCUAUCCGCAGGUUAGGUGAGGAAGUUUUAAAAAGGAUGUCUUAAAGUUUACACUUCAUAAGUGCAUAAAAGCAUAGAUUUGUUUUUUCUUACCUCAUUAGGGACAAGUCCCAUGUGUGUCACUCCAGCACCCAUAUAGCAGCAGCUGGUGUUCAGAAAAACACCUGGGGUGCAUCCCAAUAUGUGUCCUUGCCUCCUCCACUUGCGCUUGUCUCCUCGUCCCACCUCCUGGCCCCUCCUCCGUGGAGAAAACGAUAAAGUUUCCCAGCUGUCAGCCUCGCCACAACAACUUUUGAGGGACUGUUUUUCAUUCACCAUCCCAAUUGCAAAUGAGAAAAAGACUUUACAAUUGAGCUUUUGCAAGAUAUUGAAAUAUAAUGCUGUUGUCAGUGAUGUCAUCAUGACGAGAAGCAAGUGGAGGAGGCAAGUGGAGGAGGCAAGGUCACAUAUUGGGAUGCACUCUUGGACUUUGUGGUCAAGCUAGUUCCUCCCAUCAUUUCCUGUUGGUUGUAGUGUUCUGACACGUUGUAGUUUCCAGAGUGAGAAGUCCGUAUACUUAAGAUCAUUUUCGUUGUCUGUCAUUAUUUCAUGGCUGGAUUAUGUUUCCACUUCAUCAGUCUUCAUCAGAUUCCAAGGAUUUUAAGUCUGCAGACUUUUCACUCUGAAAACUACAGUCUGCCUUUGUCCUGCACCUUUUCCUGGGAUGUGCACAAUCUUCUCCUCGAACUUGUGACGCAUUGCUCAACAUCAUUGAUGAUUGAAGUUUUAUUCAAAUACCUUACAGAAGCACAAUUCAAAGGUAAUUUUUCUCAUUUGCAAUCAGGAUGUUGAAUGGGGGGAAAGCCCCCUAAAAAGUUCUCUGCCCAGGUUGACAGCAGGGAAACGAUAUUGACGGGGACAACACCAAGGCAAGAGUCCACAAGCAGUGUGAAGAAAAAAGGAGUCGGACACAGGUGCUCGAUGAGGAAGGAACACUGAUGAAGGGCUAGACCCGAAACGUUUGCAUCUCACUUUCUGUUUUGGCUUCUCUUCAUUUUUGGCUUUUAAUACAGUUUCACUGAACAGCAUCAAGCUCCUGUGUUCUACUCCUUUUUCCUUCACACGGCAUCAUUAUUUUGGAAUUACGCACCGAGCGGAAUUUCCCAAGUAAGUCAAAGGCGCGGACGCCAUCUCUACCUUCACUCAAGAGUCCACAAGCAACAGGAGAUUAUGGGAGGAACAAGUCUGACUUGCACCCCAGGUCUGGGUUUCUGAUCAAGCCUGAUCUGUCAACGAAUGUCUGGGUUGUGAUGUGUGGUCUUUGGUUUCCCCAUCUCAUUGCAAGAGGGAUGCUUCGUUGUGUAUUUCAAACAGAUGACAUGGUUAUCAACAAUCAGGUUUGUUACUGCCCUAUGGGAGAGUAUUGCAAACUACAGAAACAAAUGCCAUUUAUAACACAAACGUGAAUCUUUUGUUUGUUUGUUUAUUUGUUUGUUUAUUAAUUUAAUAAAACUGUGAUCGAUCCA